AAUGCGAUUACACCAUCGCUGUAAACACGCACUCAGUCUUUUGCCGAAUGUCUUGCAUGUGCGAAACUGUCUGCCUUUCAGGAAUUAAGAUAUUCUGGAUAGCACUUUGGGAGUUUAACAAGAUCACAGUGGCUCAUCUCCGCUACGGAAGGGACAUAUGUUGUAGUAGCUCUUGAGUGUGAAGGUAACGGUACUGGAAAUAUGACCCUGCGAUAACUGCGGCCAGAGGCUACGGACAGCGGGCCGGUCUUGUUUAGAGGUUUAUUACAGGACUUUAUGGUGUGGGCUAAUGGCGCAGGUAAAUGAAGCCUCUUGAAAUAAAGUUACACGUUCGAUUGACUGGCCCAUGCAACACUUCUGCUCUGCGCGUGCUUUUGUGGAUGCCAAUCAUGGACUUUCGCUUGACAUUUGCCCUUGUAGGCAAAUUGAGGUAGCCACAUAGUUGCCUCCGACAGAACCUGUUGCCUUUCUCCGUUUCUGAAUGCCUUGUUUUACAUCCUUUAGGUGGAUUAAUUGAUGGACACGAGCCAAUGUCACUGCGCAACAAUGUUUCUAUCUGGAGCUCUGGUAACAUUGGUGCUACUCGAGACUGUUACAUUUCGCCGGACUCAAUCAAAUACGUUACUUAGUAGCCGUUUAGGAUUACUGGACGAUAACGAUUUGCAGGAAUAUCUGCUGGCGGAAAGUCAUUUGAACUCAAAUAAAACAGAGAUGGAGAAGCCACAAGAGAAGCUGUCUCCUUUGAACGCAACAACAGUAUCGUCCCACUCCUCACUUACAAGUCCAUUGCACCACCAUGGUAGUAGACACGGCAAGCCACUGGAGAGGACCAGGCCCUUUGUGGUAGUGGACGGACACAAGAGAAGUCUGAGUGAGGCCUUGCAGAAUGGUCACCCAGACAAGCUACAGUGUGGUCUUCAAUUUGGAGGCAGCAUCUAUCUUUUGGACCUGGAGAAAAACCAUGAUCUCCUGCCCAAGCCCCCCAAUGUCUUCUACUACCUCCCUAAUGGCACUGGGGUGUCUUUAGAGGAGAGCACAGUGACUCACUGCUACUACCACGGCUCAGUGAGAGGCUUCCCACAGUCCAGGGUGGCUCUCAGUACCUGCUCUGGACUCAGGGGCGUGGUGGCCAUCAACUCCACCCUGAGCUUUGAGCUGCAGCCUGAGGAAGAACAUGAGGACGAGGAGGGGGCAGAGGAGAGUGGAGGGGAGGAGGAGGAGGAGGGGAUGCACCUGCUCUACUCCACCAGACCUCUGGAGAGGGGUAGUGUUGGGGGCUGUGGGGUGUCCCAUACACCUGUACCUCCCAUCCACAUCCCACCACAAGUCCCACACAGGAGUAAGAGGGAUAUUCUCUCAGAGACCAAGUACAUAGAGCUUGUGCUUGUAGCUGAUCACAAAGAGUACCGUAACUAUCAGAAAAUCAACAAGACUAUCAUCUAUCGAAUGCUGGAUGUGGCCAACCAAGUAGACUGGUUCUACCGGCCGCUGAGUGUGCGUGUGGCUCUAACUGGGGUGGAGAUCUGGAGUGACCAAGAUAAGAUCCAGGUUGACAAGAGUCCCUCAGACACCCUCAACCGCUUCCUGGAGUGGCGCACCAGAGAGCUGCUGCCACGCCUGCGCCACGACAAUGCUCAGCUCAUUAUGGGGGGCUCAUUUGAUGGAACUACAGUGGGAAUGGCAUCUCAGUCUUCCAUGUGCUCCAAGGACCGGUCAGGAGGGGUCAAUGUGGAUCACCUGGUCAGUGUACUGGGGGUGGCGUCCACCAUUGCCCACGAGCUCGGGCACAAUCUGGGCAUGAAUCACGACACGGCCGACCGGCGCUGCCAGUGUCAGAAUGAACCACGCCUGGGAGGCUGCAUCAUGGAGCCAUCUACUGGUUUCAUGCCAGGCCAGCUGUUCAGCAGCUGCAGUGCCAGAGACCUGUCCCUCAGCCUGCUCCAUGGUGGGGGGAUGUGCCUCUUCAACGUGCCCCAGCCUGAGAAACUGCUGGGGGGGCCACGCUGUGGAAACCUCUACGUGGAGAAGGGAGAGGAGUGUGACUGCGGCCUGCUGGAUGAGUGUAACGAUCCCUGCUGCAACGCCACCACCUGUAAACUGGUUCCUGGGGCCCAGUGUUCCUCCGAUGGCAUCUGUUGUGACAACUGCAGGCUGCGUUCAGGUGGAUGGAUGUGUCGGCAGCCCCUGGGGGAGUGUGACCUCCCAGAGCACUGCACUGGUACCUCUCCCUACUGCCCCCCCAACGUGUUCUUGCAGAACGGCGAGCCCUGCGAGGAAGGCUCCUCCUACUGCUACAGCGGUGUCUGCGCCAGCCUCAACACACAGUGCCAGAUGUUGUGGGGACCUAAUUCCACCAGGGCUCCGCCUGUCUGCUUUUCCUCCGUCAACAAACAGGGCAACAAAUACGGCAACUGUGGCCAGAUGGCCAACGGAACCUACAUUCCCUGCCCUAGCAAAGAUGUGCAUUGUGGGAGGCUCCAGUGCCAGGGAGGCAACGACCGUCCGUUGCUAGGCACCAGCGCUGAGAUCCUGACCACCAAAGUAAAAUUUAACUACAGCGACUUUGUCUGCCGGGGAACCUACUUCCACCUUGGCGACGACGUCUCCGACCCUGCCAUGGUGGCACAGGGCACCGCGUGUGGUCUUGGCAAGGCCUGUUGGAACCAGCGGUGUCAGGAUGUGUCUUUGUUCGGCGUCGACGAGUGUCAGAGCAAAUGCAACGGACACGGGGUGUGCAACAGCAAUAAGAACUGCCACUGUGACGUGGGCUGGGCUCCUCCAGACUGUAGGUACACGGGCCAUGGAGGCAGUGUGGACAGUGGCCCUGCAAGAGCACCUAGAGGAUCUGACCCGGCACGUGUGGCCUUGCUGGUCAUCUUCCUCUUCAUCCUGCCAGUGGUUCUCCUCUUCCUCGCCCUGCGUUUCCCCCGCUGUCACCGCAACCUGCCCUGUCUGGGCACUACCAGCCUCUUCCACAAGGGCACCGGACGCCAACAGAGCCGGACCCCGGCCACCGAGCGAGUGGAUGCUCGUAACGGGGAACAGGUUCAACCUCUGAGGUACCACUGGAGCCGCCAGAGUGACAUCCAAAUGACCCCAUCGCUGCCUUCUAACAAGGUUCAGGACAGACCUGCUCCGCCUACUAAGCCACUUCCUCCUGACCCUGUCUUAAAACAAGCCCAGCCAUCGUUGAGUCGGCCGGCUCCUCCCACCAAGCCUCUACCCCCUGACCCUGUGCUAACAGGCAGCCAGGCCCUUGUACCACCCAAAAAACCACCAGCCCCCAGGAAGUCCUUGCCUUCGGACCCCCCGUCACAUCCCACCCAUCCUGGGUAUGCUGCAUAUGGUGCCCCCGUGCAACAUGGAGCGAGUAUAACUUCAGUUACACCUAUUGGCCCUCCUGUUGCAGCCAUCCCUUCCAGACGUGCCCCUUUACCUCCAGUACGGACGUCACAACCCAGAAAACCUAACUCGACACCUCCGAUUUAAUCACCAAAGACCCUCAAAACCACUAGGAUUCUCUUAAACCAGACAGCACGAAUUGCACUGAUUCAGCCAGGAGUUUUAUUAUGGAGACCCUUAUAGGACGGCUCAGAACCCAGAAGUCUCCAAACGAAGGCUGCGUUUCACUCUCCCUGCCCCCCUAAACUAUUUCCUGUUGCCUUCCUACUGAGAGACUGACAGGUUCCUUGGUUGGUUACCUGCCAUGUUGGGACAGACUGGGACUCCGAGCAAAGCAGAGAAGGUCUGGAAUGUUCAGUCAGGUUGAUCCGUUGGCCAUUGAGAAACUGAAUGGAUGUAGUUAAGUAUCCAUCAAAGAUGUAACACUUCAUGAAAACUGUGUGGCUUUUGACAUUAACUGACAAUUACAAAAACGGAUGUCAACACAGAGGAUAAACUCAAUCAAGAUUAAAGGCCCAGUACUGGUGGGCCUACUUUAUGGCACUAGCACAUUUGAAUAUGCUCUGUGAUGCUUCAGAAUAGCUUAUUACUCUUCAAAUUAUAGGUUGAAGCCCAAGUCAUCCUCCCAUUCUGACUGUGGCCACCAUUUUGCAGUAUUUUAUUUUAAGUGACUUGGUUAAUGCAGGCCUCAGGAAACAAGUCCAGACCACCUCUGGCUCUCUUUCUGGAAUAAAGAAGCAUAUCAACACUUUCAUUCACCGCAAUGAUUCCUUUGAUCUCCAUCACAAUGGUGUCAUUGAGGGGGAGGACCUUGCAUGCAACCCUCUGACUAAUGAGAUGAAAUGAGAAUAGUGUCACAGAAACUUUAGCCGUUCUCGGUUGCAGAGCUGUACAACUAACUGCACAACUGUAGAUACCAGAAAAUUGGAACUUGCCUACUAAUUCUAAUUCUAAUUCAACUAUUUAAAAGCCAAAGAGAUGGAUCUCUGGAGAAGUGAGGGGGGAAGUAGAUUGAACUUUGUGAAAUGCGAGGGCACUUCUCGAAGACUGACCUACGUUGUGACAGAUCUACGUUGUGACAGAUCGGUUGCCUUUUUUGUACCUUUCAGUUGUGCCGCACCAGUUUUGUCCGAAAUGAGUUAAGUGCACUCCUAGAAUGUCUUUACAUAUUCAGGUGAAUUAAAACCAAGCCAUGGGAUUCACUUCUUAAACUGGGGAAAUGCACAGACUGAAUGUACAAAAAAACUAUAGGCUCACACUUUACAUUAAGUCACAGCAAUGCCAUGUAGUUACACCAAAUAUAAUUUUCUGUCUUAUUUCAUGUAACUAGAUUGGUAAUUAAUGUCAAUUUUUUUUGUUGUCACUUAUCCUUUUAGUGCAAUUCAAGCAUUGUUAUGUUCCUUCUCUGCAGUUUGAGUAACUACAUGGUAUAAGGGCAACUUAAUAUAAAGUGUUCUGAGGGUCUGGAAUAAACCACAAUAUAAGUAUUACUACUCCUGAAGUGGUGGGCCACCUGUACAGGGGCUGUAUGUCAACAGGCAACAGUAUUGCUUUUGCCUGCAUGUCAUGAAAGUGUAUUUCAUUUCUAGUGAAUGAUUGUUGUUUUCUAUGUCAAAACGUCUGUUAGUCUUCUAUUUAAUAUUGUUUAAAGCGAUGAAUUCCAAGCCUUAUGAGUUUUAAGUUAAUAACAUACACAUAUGAAGACCAAGUGAUUGAAUUUGAAAGCACUCCACGGCAACAUGGCUAACUGUGUUUAUACAGCAAAUAGAUGAUGUUGUGUAUCAAUGAUGGCUUAUUUAGUCAAAGAGAACAGCUAGCAGGUAUGAUACUUGAAAUUGGUAACUGAUACUCUUCAUCCUGAUUUGAAAUCUGCCAGUACUGGUAUGCAAUAUACAUUACAAGCAUUUCAGAUCAUUUGACUGUUAAUUAUUUUGAUUAAUUACUAAAGGUGUCAAGGUUGAUUUAUGAAAACCUCUAAAUGGCGCAGGCAUGUGAUUAUGCCUUCCAUCGGUCCAUUUGAUUUAGAAUAUGUAAAUGUCCUUUUUUGACCUUCUACUGACAAUGCUCUGUUCCAAUGUUCUAAACACACUCUCCCUUUGGUUCUAUUCAUAUGUCUUACAUUUCUAAUACGUCUGAUUAUCAGUAUGAGAACACUCAGAUGUAACAUGAAUUGUUACGAAUUUUGCUCAAUGCAAUUAUGAGAUUGUCUUUUCAGGAGACUGUUCUACUUUGACCUCUGUCUGCAGUUUUCCUACUGUCUCAAUUGAGACAUUAACUGCUGCUGAGGGAAAUAAAACAGACUGGACAAAUUA